AUGGAGUCCCCCCAAAAUAACAACCAAGAUAGGAGGUUAGUAGCCCUUGAAGUUAGUUCGACCAAUCUUAACCGGGCAUUGGAAACUUUGUCCAAUACCAUGGUUGCAAAUAUGGCUGAAAUAAGGAGAGAAAACAAUGCCAACAUGGAGAGGUUGGAAAGGAGGAUGCUAGAGAGGGAACAUAAGAGGGUGCAAGAAGAAGUGCCUAGGUCGCAUGCCGCACGGCAGGGCCGGGCAAGGUAUGAGAGCGAUGCCAUGAGUGUUCAGGGUACACAUCAUGUAGAUCAUGGCAUUAGGCACCAUGGGCGAAUGGGAGGAAGGAUAGAAGCCGAAGGCUUAGUGUUUGAGAGGUGGCUUGAUGAUGAGCGGGUUAGUAAUGGCCAUAACAAUCAUGAUGAGGCCGACAGUGAACCCGAAGAACGUCCCUUCCAUGCUCAAAGGCCUCAUGGCCGAAGAGAACCCAUGGUAAGGAGAGGAAGAAACAUGCGGGAUAAUGACUUUGGAGAUGAUGACUAUAGGGGUCCACGGCCUAGAGAAGAAGGGCUUAGGAAACCCAAAAUUGACUUCCCAAAGUUUGGUGGAGGAGACCCGUAUGAGUGGCUUGACAAGGCAGAUCAGUACUUCGACGUUUAUGACAUCCCACGGGCUGAUCGGGUGACCCUAGCCAGUUUUUACUUAGAGGGUAGGGCUAGCCGAUGGUGGAGGUGGAUCCAGGCCUUGUAUGAGAAAGAAGGGAGAAGGUUGGGGUGGACUGCCUUUAUGGAUGAAUUCAUGAAACAAUGGGGACCAUCCCCCGUUGUCAAUCAUCAUGGUCAACUUGCAAAACUUAAACAAGAGGGCAAAGUCCAGACCUACAUCGAUGAGUUCCGGCAAUUACAAACUAUGGUCAGCGGAUGGUCCGACGAAGCCUUGCUUGGUACCUUCAUCGACGGCCUCAAACCGUGGCUAGCCAAGGAGAUCAAACUCAAACAACCGACGCGGCUACAAGAGGCGAUGCGCAUGGCGGAGAUCCUAGACCAAAGCUACAACCCGGAACAACGUUCAACCAAGGAUGGUGCCAUCAGCAAGCCCACCAAACCACAACCAUCCAAGGUAAAUUUCAGAUCCAAAGAGAUAACUUCAACAGGUUCCAAAAAUCAGCAAAGGGAGGUAAAGAAAUUGUCACGUGAUGAGCUGCAAGAUUACAUAAAAAAGGGUCAAUAUUUCAAGUGCGGGGAAAAGUGGAGCCGGGAGCAUCGUUGUAAGACCAGCCAAGUCUACGUCCUUGAUGCAAGAAGCGACGAAGAGCCCGCUGCAUCUGAAAAUUCAGAUAGCAGCAGCGAGGAGGAAGAUCACCUCGAAGAGACCGAACCAUGUGCAGAAAAUCAGCAUGCUGAAUUGCCACUCAAUGCACUUUGUGGCGCACCAAAACCAUCUACAAUGAGGCUCAUGGCGUGGAUCGGCAAGCAUGAGGUCUCCUUGUUAGUGGACAGCGAUUCUUCUCACAAUUUCAUCAACUCAGCAAUCGUACGAAAGGUUGGACUCAAAGGUACAUCGGUUUCACCGUUUGAAGUCAAAAUUGCUAGUGGUGAAAAAUUGCUAUGUGCUGAAAUUGUUAAUAAUGUAAAGAUGAAUGUACAAGGGGUGAGAGUUAAAGCCGACCUACAUGUACUUCAAUUAGUCGGCUUAGACAUUGUAUUGGGAAAUGCAUGGUUACGUAGUCUAGGCCGGGUGGUGACCGACUUCGACGCAAUGACCAUGGAGUUUAAACUCGGUGGCAGAAAGAGGACAUGGACGGCCUUGAGCAGCAAGGAAGUACGGCCUUGCGAGGCCAACAUGAUAGAAAAACUUUGCAAAGGAGGGGCUAGCUGCUUUGCCGUUGUUAUGGCUAGCCCGAACCAAGAAGGACCUCUCCAAGAUGAUGCAGAAAUCCAGCAGCAGCAGCAAGCACUUGAGGGGCUGCCACCACCAAUCCGGAGGGUGUUAGAGGCUCAUCAAAGUGUCCUCCAGAAGCCUACUUCCCUCCCACCACAACGAGACUUUGAUCAUCCAAUUCGGAUGAAAGAUGAAGCUGCUGCAGUCAAUGUUCCACCAUACAAAAAGAAGGAUGGCUCAUGGAGAUUCUGCACCGACUAUCGAGCCCUUAACGAAGCAACCAUCAAAGACCGUUUUCCGAUCGCUACGGUGGACGAGAUGCUCGAUGAAUUGCAUGGUGCCAAGUUCUUCACCAAAUUGGACUUACGAGCCGGCUACUAUCAAAUCAGAAUGAAAGAGGAGGAUGUACACAAGACGGCCUUCAGGACACAUUUCGGCCACUACGAGUACUUGGUGAUGCCAUUCGGUCUAUGCAAUGCGCCAUCAACAUUCCAAGCGGCCAUGAACGAAAUUUUCAGACCCUACUUGCGAAGGUUUGUCUUAGUAUUUUUUGAUGACAUCUUGAUAUAUUCCAGAUCCAUGGACGAGCACCUUGAGCACUUGGAGAUUGUUCUACGCACCUUGGAGGAGCACCACUUUCACAUCAAGCCUUUAAAGUGUGCGUUCGUGCAAGCGGAGCUCGAGUAUUUAGGCCACAUAAUUUCAGCCGAAGGAGUUCGUGUAGAUCAGCGAAAAAUUCAGGCCAUGCUCGAUUGGCCAUGGCCGAAAGAUAUCACGGCCCUAAGAGGAUUUUUGGGGCUAACAGGCUACUACCGACGAUUCGUAAAGGAUUACGGGCUGAUUGCAAAGCCGCUGACCACCAUGCUGAAGAAAGGAGGUUUUAUGUGGACCAUUCAAGCACGCAAGGCAUUUGAAGACCUCAAGGAAGCCAUGACACAAACACCGGUACUUGCCUUGCUCGACUUUUCCAAACCGUUCGAGGUCUACACUGACGCUAGUGGCGAAGGUAUAGGUGCUGUUUUGGUGCAGGAACGACGACCCUUGGCCUUCAUUUCCAAAGCAUUAGGGCCAAGGAAGAAAGCUUGGAGCACCUACGCAAGAGAAUUGUUGGCAGUUGUACAUGCGGUGAAAGUUUGGAGACCAUACCUUCUCGGCUGA